AUGAGGGGUGGUGCCAGCCUCUUCUUCGCUGUCGUUGCCUGCAGCCUCUUGUUGUGCCCCCCCGUGGCGACGCUAGACGCUUUUACUCAGCGCGAGUUUGAGUUUGAGCUGUGGCCAAUGCCGAGGUUUUCCGAUGGUUCCGUAAGGUGUGGUCUGCAGAAGCAGUGGUUCAUUCUGAACGAGGAUAAUCGACCAUUUUCUAUGACUCGUGAAGGAGAAAUCAAACUGGAGGUGCGCACUCUCUCCUUUGACGUGAACGCGCUCGGAGCAUACGCUAAUCGUCUUAUGUACGCGAGGAAACUAGGCGAGGCCUCUCCAGAAACUACUUGCCUAUUAUUCACUCAGCCCCGCAUUUUUCGUGUGAUGCAGCAAAUUACCGUCGCCUCCGCCGUUGGUGCCGUCCCCCUCGCCGCUGAUUUCGGCAUGGUGCCAGAGUAUUUUUUGGAUGAUGCCUUCAUGGCGAUGGAUACCGUUUUGGUGUUUAAAGUCUUUGCCUAUCGGGAUUGGCAGAGAUUGAUGAAGCAAAUGAAGAUGCAGCCUGAGAAACGCUUUUCAAACUCAGAAAACUUGUUCACGACGAGUCCGGAUGUGCCGUUGGAUGACGUUCUGCUCAGGAUGGAAAGAGUAUGUAGUGCUCCGGCGCUGCUUACGAAGCACAUUGACACUGCCAGCGCCUACCACACCACCGUUGACAGUAUCCAAUUGCAACCCCAGACCCAUGUUGUUGCUGUUCUCAUGCAGUGUAGCCAUACACCUGUAAAGGUGAGAGUCUUUUUUCAAAUGUCGAAUAUAAAUGGCAGGGGAAGCGCCGAGUACAUUUCUACCGAGAACGUAUAUUUGCUGUUCCUUACAGCCUACGUAGUAUUAUUUACUAUUAUGCUGUUCUUAAUUAUACCAUGUGGAUAUUCGUGUAGGACACUUUCCGCCACGUCCUCCGUAGGCGGGGAUGGGGAAAACAGGACUGCUGCCCGCAGAGGUUCUCCAAACGGGGGUAUUUUUAACGGACGUGGUAAUGUCCUUGCCACGGUGGGUGGCACGGACGGGGCUUCAAUAUAUCGCCAGAGCGAAGAUGAUAGGUUGAACGCAGUAAAUUUAGACAGGGCGUGGGAAACAGGGGCAGGGGUUGAAAAUUCAACCUCAGCGGUUGCCCCUUCAUCGUCUCCACGCAGAUGUUCAAAGGGCUGUUGCAGGGCUUUUUGGAGUAAAGUAAGGCACGUGUUUAGGCAGUACUUGUUGAUUUUGUAUCCGCCAUUGCAGUGGAUUGUCCUUCUGUCUCUCAUAAUAAGAGGAACAUUUUGCCUAAUGAAGUUAAUACGGUAUCGUACCAUUGUGGAGCACCCAGAGGAGCCUCAGGGUUGCCUUGGCAUACUUGCCGUUUUGCUUGAUGUAGGUUCCCGUACGACGGUGUUUGUGAUGCAGCAGCUUGUAUGUAUAGGCUGGGGCUGUGCCUAUCGGCGUCCCCCAACGAUAAAGAUUGUCACCGCCGCUUUGGCCUCCGUCAUUACAUUCUUUGCCUAUGUAUUUAAUGGCACUUGUUCGAGCAACGGCUUACCGGCAAUAUAUACCACAUACGAUGGAGACAGAGAAUAUACGAGUUUUCGUUGCAUGACGAUUCGGACUAUUGUUCUGGCCUGUGAGUUGCUGGGUUGGACGUUAAAUCUUUUUCAGCUUACAACUCUUAUGGCAACCAUUGGCCGUGCUGCAACGACGACAGGGCCAUCGCGACGAGGACUCGGCCUUCUUGGGGAGAAAACCGCGCUCUAUCUGCGCUAUCGUAGCAUGUGCGUGCCGUAUGCGUUGGGCAUGCUUUUACCGCAAGUACUUUUCGUUAUCUUCUCCAACACCCUCAUGGGCAUAGACGACCACUACGUUGAGAUUGCGCUCCGGGAGUUUUCGCAGUGGUACGCGCUGGCUUUUGUUCUGCUUUUCCUACGAAAGGAGCCCUUCUACCUCUGA